UACGUGGAUAGACCGCUGAGGAGUUCUCCCGUUCGCCGAAGGGAGUGUAUUGAGCCAGGGGGCGGAGAGGCAAUCAGCCUCCAAAUACAGCUAUCCACUUUGUUGGGGUUGAGGCUACUUCGCAGCUUCGCCUUCUCUGCAUGUGACGAACGCCUGUAGUUCACGGCAGUGAAUUCUUAAGUUCCACACAGGUGCCUCUACACGGGAUUCCGUCCGCCACUCAACUAGCCGUCAUUGGGCAUGGAAGAAGUUUCAAUCGAGGUGUUUUCAUCGCGCUAGGUCUCUCUAAAAUAGAGACAUGAUCUACGAUAUACGUACCAAUUCCGUUCGGCUGAAAAGAAAUCGUCCUCGUUGUGACGGCGGGUUAGAAGGAUAGUCAAGAGGUAACCUCAACGACCCGACCCCAUCAAUAUCGAGAAAUCACGAACACAGUGGCCCCGUCGCUGCCAUCUUGGGGAAAUACGGUUCCCCAGCACCUUUAAUUUCAUACGCGUGUGUGCGCUGGAUAAUGAGCACAUGGCCUCUCAUGGGCCAAAUCAAAACUAAGCCCGACUACAGCGACUACGACGAUUAGGCCCGCCAGAACGAAUGUGAUCUGCUCAUGUCUGUCUUCAUCGAGGGGCCCGUUUGUACGUUACUACACGAAUCCAGUGGUUUAAGUUGCCAUGGUGCCGGGCCUUCUCUCUAAAAUUGAUUUCGUUCCACUAUGCUGUCUUAAACACGCUGUCGCUGCACGAUCUGAAGAGGCAAAGUUGAACCUGUCUAUUCUCAUCGGGAAAUUAGGGUCACUAUUGUGGUGUUGAUGUGACAUCGUAGGUGUGUCGCGUGGAAGCCAAAUGGUCUUGCGCGGAGCCGCUGACGAAGAGCCGCCUUUCACGAGGCGUCACCACAUGUCAGUGCGUUGCACCGUCCUCCUAAACUGGGGCUGGUAUUCUGGUGCACGGGGAGGAAAGUCAUUCUCAGGACACGAACACGAUGCGUCUCAUUUGAAAUGAUCGCUCCAAAUAUUUCACCAAGACAGUCGCAGCAGUUCCUGCCACCCAGAACAUGGUUCCCGAGUGACGCCCUUGGAUGGGGAAGCGGCAGACACCUAGAGCCACUCUCUGUUUCAGAGACGCGUGGCCCCGGGACGCCGCCGAUUGAGAGAGACGUGACCUGAAGAGAGGUUCGCUCGUCCAUUGCCCCCAGCCACUUUCAGUUUUUUCAUGGCUCUCAAACGGAGCAGGUUACCAGCCAUUGUAUGGUGGCCGUUCCUGUUACUCCACAAGCGUUUACAGUCUGUCAGAUCUGGUUGAGUUUUCCCCUCUUUGAUCCAAGCCUUUUUUGCAACAUCAUUUGCGUCUCUUUCCUGUAUAAGAGACGUUUUCCAUUUGCCCUUCAGAGAGGGUGAAGUCCAGUCAUGUUCCGAAUAUGGUUUGAUCCCCGACAUGCCGCUGACUCUCGAAAAUCGUUUGCAGAAUAAAUUGAUUGGCGCGCAGUGUUCCGAGAGUUUUUUAAGAAACGUGAUGUCCAGUGCUGUUUGCCACCUGCAACAGGACCGACGUUUCGCGGCUUUCACCCCUCUUUUUAGCGUCCGCACUUGUUCAUUUCUGAUAGACUUUUCCGCUAUUGAUGCACCGCGUUUGGGGGGAGUCCACGCAGACCACCCCCACCAGUAAGUUCAGGUGCCGACAGGCUACUGGUAAUAGAGACUGAAUGACUAGUUUCAGGCUCAAAAGCAGGCAGCAUCAAAAAGUGUAAUUUGCGUCCUAGAUGUCACCCAUGCAGCUGCAUGGUAACACUCAUGGUUCCAUGUUACACGCCGGUCGCUCCAGUGGCAUGGUGGUAGUGUUCCGGAUCUGUGCGUGAUUAUUUUGACACUUACGGAGCCGUAUAUGUUUUGCUUGCGCCUGCCCGCGAAGGAGUGGCACUACAGCAACGGACUUUUGUUCCGUUUUUUUCUCGUGGAAAUAUCGUUGGUAAUUUUGACUAGGAUAGAAUACGUUUCUCUUUUGACGGGGAUGCCUCGUACACAUUGGCGUGACUUGUGUAACCGCAGCUACUGACUACCGUUCUGGAACGUCAUGUCGAAGGACAUACAGAAUCGGUGUUCAGGUGAAAUAUUUGAUGUUGAAAGGGAGAAUCGAGACCAGGUGAUGCGUGGAUGUGCUUGACAACGCUCACGUUUGGUGAAGAAGUAACAUCCAGCAGCAUACUCUGUUGAAGCACUGGGCCUGUGGCUGCCACACGCGAACGUCCACGUGGAGACGGCUUGUGUUUAGACAUGGGAAGCUAGUUCGCCACUGUUCAAAGGCGGUGGACGUGUUUCUUGGCGAACCCGUGUUGGCUGACGCAAGAUUCAUCAACAUCCGGCCAGCAAACGCGGCUGCAGGGUUGUUUGAGGUUGGGACGGUGACGACGCGUUCGUUGUUGGGCUUCGCCAGGCGGCAUGUUCGUGGAAGGUCCACAUGCGCUGUCAUACAACAGACUCGUGAGUGGUUUUUCCAGAAACGUUGGAGUUAGAUUGCUCGUACAGCGAAGUGAAAGUGAACGCCAGGAGCUAUCGGACUGCGGCCUCCCAAGGUGCUGACGUUGGUUUGUUGCUGCCGUAGAAGACUGCAGUAAAGGAAGGCUGUGCCUGCACGUCUUCUAACACCACGACCUUCGAUUGUACCCUCUUUGGAAUAAGGCCGUCCAGUUCGUUCCGUCAGUGUCUUGGCGAAUGGACGACCGGCGGUAUCGCAAGACGCACGCCAUCCGAAAGAGCCGAAGAGUCUUGUUUCAAACAUGGGGGGCUCGGUCGAAAGCGAUCCGCGGUCGCAUGAGGAGUUGCGUAGGCAUUUGAUGGCGCAACUGGAGUAUUUGCGGAGCGCCCGAGGACGUGUGUCCCAGCGAAACGUCGAACUACUUCAGGGAACAGAGUGUCUACGCGCACAGUUGCGGCACAUGCGGAGACAGCGGGAGAUCAUGGACCGACAGCGUGUUCGUAUGGAACAGCAGCUCCUGUAUAUGGAGGAGCAGCACUCAACAAUCCAGCAACAGCGAGCUCACCUUGGGACACUCCAAGGUCUAAUUUGGAAAAGGCAACGAGAGCUGGAGCAGUUAGAACGGAAGGGGCUGCAGGGAGAUACUGUGCCGUCGAAGCAAGAAGAACAAUGUGAUGCCAGUCUUAGCGAUAAAUCAUCGGGACAGACUUGCACAACUUACGACAUGAUCUCUACAAACGCCUCGAGCACGACAUCGCAUGAUGGGCUCGCCCGUCGCGUUAGCGGAGUUUACCGGCGUGUCUCCGACUCUGAACUUUCUUCGGGGGAGGACGGUAAACGCGAGUGUGAAGUGGUCGACGUAGACAGCGGACGCAGCGGACGCAGCAGCCCCAGCGUGUACGAGUUAGCGUCUAGGUUCCAGGCGUCAGGGGGAGCUGAGACGGAGCAUAUCGAUCGUGCUGACGACCAGUCUGUUACAGCUUCGUCGUGCAGUUCGAAGUCUUCAGAGCUGUCUCAGCCUUGCACCAGGCAGAGAGAGACUGGGGAUAUUUGUCCGGCGCUGCCAUUGUGGCUUGACCCAUCGGUAACUGGAAUCGGAAAGUCCCCCUCUACCGCAACCUCACGGAGCAUCAAUGGACAGUGUAUGAACAUCGUGACGAACAGUGGCGAUGCUUUACUGCAUUCGACAAAUAUUGUUGUGUCUGUCCUCAAAGCGUCAGGAGUUCAAGUAUUUGGGAGGGCAGAUGAGGUUGAAGGCGUUGAGAUACAAGAAGGUGAUCCUGUGUCUACUGGAGUCGAAAACAGGGCAGUUGCCGUGAGUUCCACGGUUUCUCGUUCGACGUAUCAACUGGGUGGAUACGUGUCACCGGGUCAGCAAGCCGAUGUGUUGCGGAAACUAGAGCAAGAUUUAUUCAACAACAGAACUCUUCUCUCGGUCACUGAGGAUUCAGCGGAAGGCUUUCGCACGCCGACCACUUCAAAAAGGUUAGACGAGUAUCCAGCAUUCGCAACCGUUCAUUCGCCGCACGUUACGGAUGCAACUUGUGAGUCAACACAACGGAACCAGGAUUCGAAUAUGGGUUGCGGAAGCUUAAGUUCGGAGGAAGUAAAACCGGAGCAUCCGUGCGCAUUCGCGACAGAACAUGCAUCGUUAUUCGCCUCAGAGGCCCUCCGUUCACGGAACGCAGAUGCAGUUUGUUCCUCAAUUGGUUCAUGGACGACAGGCGCGACGACAGCGGUACAGGGCGAUGAUUCGCAUUCAGGUAGUUUCGUGCUGUCUCGCUGUGACUCACUACAAAGUGUGUCGCCCUCUCGGUUGCCGCCUGUCUUACCUCCUAUGAGGUACGUUUGUAUAUCUGACGAUCCGUCUUGGGCAGGGUCAAAGACAGAAGAAAGCCUUGAUAGAGUGCAGGGGUGGCCUCGCUCCGCGACAACAGCAGGCAAACGGGAAAUGAGCCAGGAAUAUAUAUGUGAACUGAGCUUGGGUGCUGCGCGAAGCGUUCAGCGCUCUCCUUCGUCUGGUGGAGCGUUUACGGAGCUUUCAGACGUCGUUCUGCCCAAUGUCGCUGACGUAGGAGAGGAUAUUCAACAGAAUCUUGAGUCACCUAACGAGAAGACUGAUUGCAGCAGAUCUAAUACCACUAGUAGGCGAGAAAACAGGGAAAACGAUAUCCGAGACCAGAAAAGAGCCGCCAGCCGCCGACACCCGUGGCUCCCCGAUCAAGGGGGACAGGAAAUACAAUGUGAAUGGCAUGCCAAACGGAGGGCCCCGCGUAGAGCAAGUGGUACGCCGUCCAAGCAAACUCCUGGUGGGGAGGCAGACGAAUGGAGCGACAGCGAGACUGACGGCUGGACAACGGUCAUGCUCAGGAACAUCCCGAAUAAAUAUAACCGCAAACAGGUGAUGGAUGAGGUCGACAUCAAAUUCAAGGGGAAAUAUGAUUUUUUCUACCUACCGAUCGAUUUCCUUCAUGGAUGCAAUGUCGGAUACUGCUUCAUCAAUUUUAUCGACGCUGGGGCGUGCCAGGAAUUCAAGAAGGAAUUUGAGGGGAAGCGGCUCAACCUCUUCCGGUCCAAGAAAAUCUGCACGGUAACGUAUGGUCGGGUGCAGGGGAUUCGAGCGAUUUUGAACCACUACUUCAACUCCGCAGUGGUCCAAGCUCAAGAUGCGUCUUGGCGACCCGUUGUGCUCAAAGAUGGUGUCGAACUUCCGUGGUCGGAACUUCAUACGGCGUUUCCGGACAUCUUUGAUAGCGAGGGGCGUUUGCGGUCAUCCAGUGGUGAUGGUGGCGCACCUGAUAUGCCAGGCGUUUCUGGAUCCGGGUCUGGACGAACAUCUGCGAGAACCCUUCCAUCCGGACGACGAAGGGGAAGUAAACUGGGCGUCACAAUCGAGGCUCAGCGAAAGGAAAUGCGCAACCUUUUUAGGGGUGGCCAGCACAGUAGUCACGGGAGGUCGACGAAGGGAGGAAGACCUUCAGACCGUGCUGCUUGGCGGCAUAGGCAUACAUGAACUGCUCAGAAGAGGUCAAGCUGCGGUGCCGCAGAAGCAGGUGAUACUGUAUUCGUUCUCAAUGUUUCCAGGCAGGCUCUUGUAAACAUUUUGAGAAGGGUCAGUUCUGUGGUGUAAACGAGGGGCGAACGUGAAGCGGAUUAGGGGUUUUACCCCGGCCGGCCCCGUUUUUCUGUGUAGAGGUUGCCCCUCGGUACGAGGUAUGUAGUCGUGUCGUCUGGCGGAGUAUAAGUGCAUCUGUACUUCGUGACAGAGUUCACGCACAUCAGUUGUCGUUUGUAACAGUUUGUCGCGUAGCGGCCGUCAUCCACAUUCCAGCUUUGUGGCAGGGCCGCCGUGACACUCCGUCUUCUUCCGAUUUUGCUGCGGGUGGCGACGCGUGUAGUCAGGCUGUGUCCAAAGGCAGAGUCCAUGGAGGAGAGUUUUUCGCCAACCCAACGCAUUGCCAGGAAAUGUAGACUAUGGGAGACACAAUCUAGGCUUGAAGUAGCCUUUUCAUACACAUUAUGGUGAAAGUGCAAUAGUAGUAAAACGUAUAGCAUUUGUUCUCGUAUCCGACUACCAACUGGCGUUUUUAUUUCGCCAUGGUACUGGUAGUUAGUCAAAUUCCAGGCGGCAUUGUUUCUGAGGGUGAUGAGAUCCCAUUCUCCGGCGCACGGAAAGAAGGCUUUUUGGUGACAGUGGGAAAAUCAUCUAUAUACUGUUUAGUUACACCACCGCAGAUACAUCGUGAAACUGUCACGCGCUCCAUAUUGAAACAAUGCAAGUCGGUAUAUGGGUCCGAACAGAAAUCGUAUGCUCAAGGUUGAUGUAAUCACAGCCAUCCGAUAUAAUCAAGAAUGCGGUGGGGAGACCAAUCGUGACCGCGAGGAAACGAGCUUCAGAGGUAUUUUUACGUUUGCAAGCACGAACACUCGGCAAGGCUCAAGCAGUCUGCUGCAACGGAUUCAAAGUAGUGGCACGCCGUAGUGGAAUAGUGAGGCUGAGAGACCAUAUCCUUAUUUGUUGUGGCGGGGGAGUACGAUGCGUUUAACUUUCGAUUUUUCACUUACGUGUGCGGGCUAUGGGCGAAACAGAGAGAGUAGACAGAGGGGGGCGGGGAACUGCGGAGAGGACGUGAACAGCGUGUGCUGGCGGAAAGGUACAUUGCAUGUAAGCCAGCGCUGGUUAGGAAGUAUUGGUCGAGCAGUAUGCUGGCGUUCGUAUGCUGAAAGUGUCUUUGAAGUAGUUAUAUGACCCUGUUCAACACCUUUUGUGGUAUCCCCAGCUCUAUUAUUUCGACAUACGGGAUACAAUUCUGCACCCAUCUUUACAGAAAAUACUACCGCUAACGCGUGUUCCCCCCACUACUCCUCUGAAUGCGUUGUCACUACAGAGCAUCCGUCGUUUUCGAAGACAUUGCCUGCUCUGCUGCCCUGUACCUGUGCGAUGGUAGCGGAUCCCAUCUGUGAAAGUGAAGCCAGCGUUUAGGAAAUUGUAGAGGAAUCUGUUCCCUGCCUGAUGGCAUGAUACAUAUGAGAUGCAGCCUUUUUCUCCCUGCCGUACACAGCUCGAUUGAACAUGCCGCAUAGAAACGAUAGCUACUUGUCACUGUAUUGUUUUGACAACGGUGUCCCCACUCUCUUCUAUAUCGGCGGCGGUGGAGGCAUUACCCCUUCAACCAGGUGCUCUGUAGGACUUGCAUCACCAACGAGGAACGCUGACUUUUUUGGAUGCACGCCGAAGCAAGGGUAGUGUUGAAACCCCCUGUUCAGGUGCACCGUUUGACACAUCUGAUUGUGACUGCCUGCGGAGGAAAUAACAAUCCAGUUUCAAUUGUUGGCGAAGGCGCUGGCUUCGAUUUUUCAGUUGCAUCUUGGAAAACGUGUUUCCCACAAAGUAUUCGUCUGGUGAAUCUAUGGCACGAGCUUUUUACUGGCUAUUACAGACAUUUCCAGCGCGGCACUGCACUUCCAUGUCCCGGCGGGAAGGCCGUCCGCGGCGUGUGCCGUUCCAUUUAGAACCAUUUACAUCUACGGACAAACGAUUUCAGCUAUCAGUUGAUCAAAUAUCCUGUAUUCAGCUAUCGUGUAUCAAUGGUUCUCCGUGCCUUCGUCUGCAUCGUCUAUAACUUGCCAGAAGUGUACACGGAUACUGAGCUCUUUCCUACACCCGACAUGCACGUGGGAACGUUUAAAUACGCGUUUUAUGCAAACUCACUGCAUCAUGUCACAACGUCGGACAAGGUAGAAUUGCCUUAGGAAAAGGAAUAAAUAGGAUGGGCAAGCAAGGUACCGUCGCCGGGCCGCCGCGAAAGCCUUCUCCUUCUUGCUGGCACGAUCGGGUUCGAAGUGUACGCGAAGUGACUCUGUCUGUCCUUUUUGAUCAACCUCAGAAUACACUACUUUUCGUCUACCUUGUAAAGUGCAGCGCGCAAGGCGUGCUUGAGCUCAUAACUAUGAGUAAGAAGUCAGAGCUCCGCCCCAAAGUCCUGUUCCCUUGCGCGCAUGCACACCGUGUGCUUCCGGUUCAAGUAUCCGUCGGAAAGACAGGGUUGUCCUCGCUUUUGCUUCGACAAAAGCAUGACACUUCAUGAGCCCUUCUAUCUGUACCACGAGUCGCUGCAACUGGCGCGUUGUUAGCAGCAUUAAGCUGAUUCUUUCAAACAAUAUCCAAGCUCAGCAACGUCAACGCUGAGAGUCUCGGACGCCCCACUUCACGCUCACCGCUAGCCCCCUUUAGCGGACGUCGCGAGGAGACCGGAAGAAUGAGCAGGGAGAAGGAAAAAGGCGCUAGAGAUGCAAAGAGUCAAAGGACCGGAGGCAGUCUGAGCGUUUGUUCCCUGGUUGUGUCUUCAGCGUAGGACAAUUUUUUUCAUCUGUCACUCAACCCGCGCCCGAGUCGUCUGCCACUUUCUUAGUGUACCACAUCCGUUCAGAGUCCGUUGUCACUUUCCGGACUUUUUCUUCCUUCAUCGACGGCAGCUCGCUUCUAACAACUCUUUACACAAGGCAGGUCUCCGGGUGGCAUCACUUGCUUGUUUCCUUGUGGCAUUUCUGUUCAGAGGGCCCCGUCUCGUUAACUCGGGAGCGUGUCUCCCGCGGUGGCUCUUCGUGGUGUGCAGCUGCGCUGGACCCGCUCGCG